AUGGCAAAGCUAAAGCAUCCUAUCAGUUGCAAGGCUUUGACAAAGCCACCCAAGGAUCAAAAGCCACCACCGUUCACAGGAGGUUUUGUCCCGAACAAGCCAGUGCAGAACAAAGUCUACUCUUUCGAUUUAACCAAAGUAGACGCUCUGUUCGAUGUGAUGAUCUUACAAAAGGCAAUAGAGAAGCCUCACAAGUUGCCUAAACCAGCAGAACUCAAAGGCAAGCAAUAUUCCAAAUGGUACAACUCUUGGAAUCACUCUACCAACAAUUGUGUUGUUUUCAGGGACGUUAUACAAGACGGAAUAACGGCAGGAAAGCUCAAGUUAGUCGAGAAACCUCCUACAGUGACAACAAACCCUUUUCCUUAA